AUGAUCGGUACCAAUACAACAAUGGUCAAGAAGUUAAAAGAUCCAGUACCUAUAAUGGCACACAGUUAUCCUGUGGAAAAGCAAACGUUUAUGCCGAUACCAAUUCAAAUUCCACGAGAAAUGGAAUUUGCCGGUCGUAGGUUCAGUUUUGACGCCGGCUAUAUGAAAACACAACGCGGUCUUCUAAAGAUUACUCAAAUUAUGGCCUGCUUUAUAGCAAUGAUGUUAACCGGAUCAUCGCUUGGCGUGCAGGGCGAAAGAGCCUGGUCAUUGGCAGUAACGUUCACUGGAUUUUGUGUGAACUUCUUUAUUCUCACAGCCAACAUUUUCACUUUGAACACCAGAUUUGAUCCAUUUCGAUGGUUUCUUGUUGAAGUCACUUAUUACAUUAUCGAAACUAUGGCCCUAUUCUUUGCCGGUCUUUUUAUGGCAGUAUUUUGCGUAGCAUUUUGGGCACAACAUAAUGCAAAAUUUAAAAUGCUUCCAACUUUAGCGUCGUCUAAAGCUCACACCUUGCAGGGAACGUUGUUUGUAUGUACAGCACUGUAUGCAAGUGAACUUUGUAUUCAAAUUGCACAAUGGAGGCGAUGGUCAUGGAACCCAACUCCAGCUCCCCCCCCGUCAGUGAAACAAAACACUGCCACUGACGAAUAUCCUAGGUUUUGA